UUGACAGUUCCGCAGUGUUUCGUAUCACUGGGUGCAGUGAUAUGAGUGAUUCACUCGAACUUAUCAGUAUUUAGAAUAGUUAUUCACAUGAAUAACUAACGUUGUGUUGUUUUUUAUUUUGUAUUUUUGUUUUUAAAGUUGUGUUUACCGGCAGGAUGUUGGGAAUGUUUAUGUACAUGCUAGAAGCGCGGAAGGAGUUGCUGGUGGGCCUGUCAUUAUCUGUAUUGUACAUAACCUAUUAUCUAGUGGAAGUAGUCAAGAGGCCAUUACUAGUAUGUGGCCCGGGAGCUCUACGGUCCCUUCUCGAGCGAGAUGUGCCGCUACUACAAACACCGUACUGGCCGACCCCUUGGUGCGUGGAGGCGCGCUUGCAGACUGUCCUCGGGUCCAUACUGCGUUCCUUGUUACUGCCACACGCGCGUUACCGGCGUGAGGUCUUACGGCUAGCAGACGGCGGGCAGGUAGCCCUAGACUGGCUAGAAAACUCAGCGGGUCCGGGGGCGCCAGUAUUACUCGUACUGCCGGGUCUAACGGGCGGCUCGCAGGCGGACUAUGUGCGCGCGCUGUGCGCCGCCGCGAGACAGCUCGGUGCGCAGGCCGUCGUGUUCCAUUAUAGGGGACUUGGAGGGAUCAAACUCACGACGCCGCGCCUCUACUGCGCCGUGAGCCACGAAGACUUGGCCGAGGUCGUGGAAGCCGUGUCCGAACGGGCCGGUGAUGCACCAGUAUUAGCAGUCGGCGUGUCCUUGGGUAGACUUAUACUGGGACAGUACCUGGCCGCAGCGGGCGAUCAAGCUAGAGUACACGCGGCGUUGGUUGUGUCUUCACCGCUUGACGUUGAGCGAGGCUCAGAAUGCAUGGAGCGCGGCCUGAACGCCCUCCUAUCCCGGCACAUGGCCCGCAACCUGCGCCGCACCGUUUGCUCCCACGCCCUAGUAACCGCCGGCUCCGACGAGCACGCCCGGGUGGAGAACGCCACAUCGGUCCGGGCGUUCGACGCGGCGUUCACGACCCGCCAUUUUGGAUUCGGGAGCGUCGAGGCGUACUAUCGCGCGGCCACGCUCACGGAUAAAUUAGGAGCUGUUAGGGUGCCGCUGCUGUGUUUAUGCGCUGCUGAUGAUCCUUUUCAGCCGCUCGAAGUCCUCCCGCUAGCCGAAGUCGCCGCGUCCAAGUCCGUAGCCCUAGCGGUGCCCGCGCGCGGGGGCCACAUCGGGUUCCUGGAGGGCUGGUGGCCGGCGCGGCAGGACCAGUACAUGGCGCGCGUCGCCGUGCAGUACUUCUCCGCUUUACUCCGCAACCCCGACUUGCUCCACACUCCCCCUAAGGUACAAACGCAGACUGAAAAGAUUGAAACAGGCAAGCAGGAAGAGCUGGAGGGAAAGGUAACCUGCUGACUGUAGAGGUAUUUUGACAGUAUUAAGUACAAAGGGCGCUUCGGUUUUUUAGGCGUGGAACGGUUUUCUAAAAUAUAUUUACUGUAUCUUGUAAUAUUCAGAUCUCAGAAUAUCCAAUAUUUUACAAAUAGGUACAUCGAAAGCUGUUCUAAAAUGUCCGAAUGCUGCACAAAUUUUAAAACUGAAACAUACCAAAUAAGUUUGAGGAUAAUAAACUAAAUAUUUAUGUAGUCAUAGGUCCCGAUCAAAUCUUUAAACUCUAAACUAGAAUGCUUUAAUAUUAAUAAUAGUUCUAGAGCAGAAAAUAUUUCAGUAAACCGCUCCCUCGUGCCUUAUAGCCGGGCCACGACAUUACGCCAAGCGGGAGCGAUGAGCGAUAUUCUCCGCUCGUCGCUGUCGCUGAUGCCGUGGCCCGGCCUUACGCUUCGUCCGACGAGCUACGCUCUGAAGUGCCUUCGCUCGACAUGUGAUAUUUUUUGCCGCGGCGGGAUCACCCGGCUUGUAGCGUCCCUCGGAAACGCUUCGUAGUUACAGUUGCAACGAGAGUUGAACACAGCGCGUCAUGUAUUAUAACAUGUAUAAUGUUAGACCAAGAAAAGUCUGCAGUGAUUUUGAUAGCCACCGCAGUGCAAGUGGUAUUUAUAACGUCAUAAUUUCAUAGAAGUUUGACAUUUAAAAUAGCACUUGCACUGCGUGGGCUAUCUAUAAAGUUAUCGAUAUUUAAUUUAACUAGGCAUCAUUCUAAGUAAUAUUUUAAGUAGGCGUCUUUUGCUUUGCCUGAAGAUCAGUUUGUAAUUAUAAUUAGAUAUACAUGUAAAAUUUAAGGACAUAUGCCACAAAAAAUAAAUGCUGUCAUAGCUAAAUUAUCAUAAAUCACAAUAUCAUCAAUAGCAAACAUACCUAAGUAUACAAAGUCAAGAUCUAGUGAAAAAGUUCAAUAUACUAUCAAUUCUGUAGUCUAUACAUUUUUUUUUGUAUUUUUGUUCCCAAUCCAUUUCCAUCAACUCUCGUUGCGACACUUAUAAAAAUAUCAAUUGAAUAUUAUACUAAUUAAUUAAUAUAUACAACGACCGUGUUGUGAGCUAAAGUUUUAAAACCGGUGCUAAAUUUAGUGGCUUACUAGACUGACGAAACGUCAAUAUCAGCACGCAUUAGAUUCCUUCAAAUCUUUAAAUUUUCUGAAGUACCACAUAGUUAUUUAUUAUUAACCAAAGGGUUAUUGAUUGUAAUAGAGAUAAAAUCUAAGUGGUCGUUCAGACGGGACAAUUUUUAGUACAAUUUACUUAAGUUGACAAUUUAAUGGUGUGGUGUGGACGCAAGAAUGAAAUUGGCUCGCCGAUUCCAUUUGAUUUGA